AUGACGCGGCGGGAGACGCCCCCGCGCGGGCCUCCGUCGGGUUUGUGUCUGGCGGUCUUGUUCCUGGCACUCAACGUCGGGUUAUACAUCAUUGGCAAGCAAGCUAACGGAGUACUGGCUGAUAGAACCAACAAGAACAAGAGUGAUAAGAUUGAUCUGAUCAAAAAGUCAAGUCAAACUAAAAAAGGGAGUGGCGUCAAAUCUAAUAAACCUGAAAUUUUAUCAAACAUUCUGAUAAAACCUGGCAGUAACUAUCCUGCUGAUCUUGCUCAUCACUUCUAUGAAACCAAUCAGCGCCUGUCCCAUACCUUAACAUCAGAUAUUGAAUUGCAUGACAUUUAG